UCGCUUUCCGUCGUUGCUAUGGGGAGACCACAACUCUGCUCUCAGACAACCAAACACAAACUCAGCUAUGGGCUAAUGCAGUCCAACUGCGGGAGUAACGUUACCGAGUUAUUUAACUAUACAAUAAUAAUACUAACAGUUUGCUUUACAUGGUAAUGAGGUAAAACCAGCACAGGGUAAAUCACGAUGUUUGCAGAUGUUCCAGUGAACCCUCUGAGCAAAGGGAUUCAAUGGGGAACCAGAGAAGGCAUGCAUAGAAAGGUUUCAAGUCUGCAGCGAACAGAGGAGCGUCAGAAAAAGGGAGCUUUGAAGCACAGCUGUUACCUGGGAGUGGAGACCCGGGCUGAGCUGGUCUGGGAGUGCUGGGAGCUAGGAAGAGAAUAUACCAAAUCACUUGUUCUUAAAAAUAUACAUGGGAAACUGCUGAAGCUCAACUUCAGACCACCAUUGUCUAAUAUUUUCACUACUCUGUUCCCUCACACCAUCAAACUGAGUCCUGGAACUUCUUUUUCUCUACCAAUCACAUUCCGCCCUCUUCAGAAGUGUGAAUAUGUGGACAGUAUAGAGUUUGAGUGUAAAGAGGGGACAUUCCAGGUAUCACUGAGUGCAGUGAUGCUGCAGCAUGCCCUGGAGCUGCCUGACUCAGUGCAGCUGCCUCCCUGCGCCGUUCAACACAGCUCAAAAACCAGCUUCCUCAUCCGCAAUGUCAGUAAGUGGCGAACAGGUUUUCAGUGGGUGGUGGAGCAACCCUUUGAGCUCUCACCAGUAAGUGGGUCUCUGGAGCCAGGAGGGGCGCAGAAAGUCACUGUUACGUUCAAACCACAGAAAGCAUUGGUGUACCAGACAGAAGCAACAUGCACAUUCGGUGAUGACAAUGAAAGUAACUGCACCAUAUUAAUAAGAGGACUGUCCAAGUAUCCUUAUCUGCAGAUCAUCUCCCCUGGCCAGGAGGAAGACUGUGGGGUGCUUGAGUUUGGGAGAAUAGCAAUUGGGAGCUCUCUGGAAAAACACAUUGAGAUCUGCAACCCUUCUCCAGUAGGUUCAGACUUCACUCUGACUCGUGUGCAGAAAGCUGCUCUGAUGGAGUCUGUGUUCCAGUGUGAUGUGCAAAAGGGGCACGUGGCGCCUCAUUCAGUGCUGGCAGUGCCUGUUUGCUUCACUCCUCUCACUGUUGAUACAACCAGUGUGGAAUACUUCAGUCUCACCUGUCCUGGUGCCCUCAGCAAAGACUUGCUUAAAGUCACUGGUUCAUGCAUAGGUCCUGUGGUUUCUUUAAGUUCUUCAGUGGGGGAUUUUGGCUGUGUGGAAGAGGGAGGAGAAGCCACACGAGUUAUUCAUGUCAUAAACUCCUCAACAGUACUGGCCCAUUACCAGUUUGACAUGGAUCCUAGAGGUUAUGGUGUCUUUACUGUUGACCAAAUUAGUGGCACUAUAGCAGCCAAUAGCAGUCUGACAUUGCAUCUGAGGUUCCGGCCCCAUCACUCAAUAGCCUAUCACAGGAGAACAGCCUGCCUCAUACUGCACAGGGAACCUCUUUUUUUGGACUUGAUUGGCACUUGUCACUCAGAACAGCUGAAACCAGCCAUCUUAUGCCCCAGACACCUGCGUGUAUACAGACUGAACCUGCUCCGUGGCCUCACCUGCUACCCUCCAGAUAUACUCAGUGCAAUGCUGGAUGAACACAAGUUGCAAUUGGAUGAAAAAGGGGGAUUAGUACUUCAAGAGGACAUUUCAGAGGACACUGCUUUGUCCAGGCUUCUCUUCUCCCAACCAAGUGCAGUGGAAGAAUAUUUCCACAGCAACAUUACAGACAAUGCACUAGCAAGACCUAAUGAGAGUGGAACCUCUCUUAGUUUCCCUCUGCCACAUGUCACAGUGCAGCCUUCUGAACUGACAUUUUAUGCUGGGCCAGCAUCUCAAUCAGUCUCCAUCACCAACCAUACAAAGGGCAAACUUACACUGCUGUGGACCCCUGCUUCUGACUCCCCUUUCUCCAUCGGUCCUCUCUCCUGUGACCUGAGCCCGUUGAAAUCCACAGAUUUCCGUGUAACAUAUACACCCAGACAACACAAUAUCUUCCAUGCAGCACAGCUUGAGUGUUUUGCUGUCUACAAGGUUCUUCAGGACCACAGGCAAACAGAUGAGCGCACUUUGUGCCCGUCCUGGUGCCUCACGGUCAGGGUCAGCGGCCACUCUUUUCAGCCUGGAAAUCAGCACUUCAUCCCACGCUUUUCAUUGCAGCCCCAAGUGAUGUUUCCAGCUUUAAAUCAAGUCUCCUACAAGACUGUCCUUCUGCAAAAUACAGGAGACCUUCCCAUAAUUUUCAGAUUGGACCCAGAGGAGUGUCCUGCCGUGCACGUGCUGCCCUCUAGUGGAUUUGUACCACCUUGUAGCCACCAGAUCUUUACUUUCAGAUCCAUUCCUGCUGAAGAUCGUCCUACUAGUUUACCACUAACACUGAAUCUCAACGCCAGCCCAAAACAUACACAGAAGCUGAAUGUGGUGAGUGUGGUGGAGCCGCUGUGUGUGGAGGUUGAUGAUGGGACCCUGUACUUCAGGCCUACAGCUGUGGGCUCUUGCUCCAAGACCAGUCUGAGGGUCAAGAACCUAAGUAGAGUACCAGUACACUUCCACUGGAGGCUGCAUUCCUCAGAUCAGACAAUUAUCUCUGUACAACCAGACUUUGGUAUACUGCAGUCUAAUGAGUUUCAGGUUCAGACAUGGUCCUUUACUCCACUGGAGGAGAAGAUGCACAGUAUGAAGGCUAUGCUUACUUUCUGGCCUGUCCAGACCCCAGACUGCAAGAGGUCCAAGUUGCCUCUAAAAAUUGUUGGCUUGGCUGCCAAAGGUUCAAUAGAGGCAGAUCGAUCAGUUCUAGAUCUGGGUGAGGUGUUAGUUGGAGGGUGUAAGUCGUUUGAGAUUCCUCUCAUGAACAACGGUUCCUGUGCCAUCAGCUUUUCUCUCACUGCACUUCAAAGCAUCACUUCUCCUCGCUUCUCUAACGAAGCCCUUGAAGAUCAUGUUGUUCUGGAGAUGGACAACGUGAAGGGCACCAUCCCAGCUCUCUGCCGGCUGAUGAUAAGCGCCACUGUAAGACCUGUUCGCAGGGCCCAAUACUGCUGGACCAUCUACUAUCAAAUCCACAAUGUCUCUGGUUUGGUGGUGGGAGAGCCUUGUUCGCUGUGCCAGGUCCAGGCAGAGGGUGUGUACUCCACCCUGGAGGUGACAGAUGUCCGUAGCAGUGGAAGUGUGGAGGGGCUGAGUAAGCUACAGCUUUGGCAGCUCUUCUCUCUGGACUCCCUUAAUACCUACCUGCGCAGUGACCCCAGCCCUUCAGAGCUCACAUAUAGAGUGCCCACUCGGCAUAGCCUGAGCCGCUGUCCACCCAUAUUCACUUCCACUAUGUUGGAUUUUAACUUCAGUGCUGCCCCACUGGGUGCAGACCCCUCUAAUUUCCUGCUCAUGUUUGAGAACACUGGGAGCAUCCCCGUAGAGUGGUCACUGCUGUUCCCUGAGGACCAGCAGAUUGAGCUGGAGUACUGGGCUGAGAGCGGAGAAUUCACCUCUACUGAGCUUCAUCAAAUGAAGGUGCAGGACAACAGACUGUUCUCCAGUUCCCCACGUGCUGGAAAACUGCAGCCGGGCCAGCAGAGAGCAGUGCAGUUCACUUACAGGCAUGACUUUGUUGGAACAUAUCGUCUUCCUGUACUUCUGAAACUCUCAUAUGGCAGGGAGAUUUUGCUAAAUUUUGUGGGUGUGACAGUGGAGAGAGAUAGAUGCUACCUCCAUUUCCCCUCCACUAGACACGUAUUUACUCCAGUGGUUAUCGGAGGAUUCGACCCACCUAUACAGGUGUAUGAGCUGUAUAAUGGAGGAGCUCUCCCAUUGAGCUACCAUGUGAAUACAUCUCCUCUGGAGCAGCUGCAGGAGGAAAACUUCAGCCACCCUGCCCUGCAGUGCUUGAAUCCAGAUGGUGAUGUGCAGCCUGGCUGCACAGCCACACUAGAGUGGAUCUUCUCUCCUCUGGAGGCCAAAACAUACAGUGUGGACCUUCCAAUAUAUGUGCUAGAGGGAGAGAGUAUACUUGUGACCUUUGAAGGCUGUGGCUUUGAUAGAAGAGACUCUGUGCCUUUUGAGCUCCAUGAUAGUCACCCUGCCGUGCCCUGCACUCAGAAAGUUGCCCUACCUGGACAGGUGGUGUUCCUGUCAGAAGAGAGAGUGUCAUUUGGUGAUAUUCCAGUCUGCUGCCAGUGUUCACAUAUCCUGUUUUUGACUAAUGUCUCAAAUGACACAAUGCUGUUCUUGUGGAAAGUAAAGGAGCAGGAUGGCAAGCAGUCAGUACAGAUUCAUCCACUUAGUGGAUCACUAGCUGCUGGGAAGAGCACUCUCUGCAUCCUUACCCUGAACACCUCAGGCAACCCCACCUUCUACCAACAGGACCUCAUCUGUGAAAUUACACCAGAGGAGGCUCUAACUCAGUACCAGACAGACCUGCUACAAUGGGAGGAGGAGAAAGAGAGAAAAAAACAUGAAUUUAUUAUUACAGAAAAGGACCUGGAACAGAGAAACACACAGAAGAAACACUCUCAGGUAUGCCCAACAGCUGAAGAGAAAAUGUCCUAUGAAACACGAAAAUACAAGACAUUGCCACCAAUCCGCAGUAGUAGCAGUGAUGCAGUACUUGAAAUGCUCCAUGCAAGACGCAGUCGAGUGGAGAGUAAAGUCCAACAGCAGGUGAAAAGACAGCCAGAGCCUCCUCGUCCUGCGCUUCUCCAUCUGGGAGUCACUGCACGCUCACAUUCCCUGCUGGAGUUCCAGUCACACUUCUCCUCACAAAUGAACAAAUAUCAUAUAUACAGGACUAUGCACCCAAAAGUUUCCCAGUCUGGAUCAAAUGAGAGUCAGCUUACCCGCACACACAUGCCGCCUCUUACCCAUGGCCCAGAGAGAGACAUCCUUACACACAUUCUCACAUCCAUAAUCAGGAGUCUUCUGGAUGACCCUCAAUUUCAGCAAGUUCUGCAGAGUACUUCAGAUGAACCUGUGCCCUACUUUUCCCAGCUUCGUCCUGCUUCAGCUUUGCCAUCCCCUACUCUUUCCCAUUCUACCACUGAGACUCAAUGUCUAGAGAAAAACAGGUUCGCCUCCCCUGACCUUGAACCAGCUCCACAGCACAAAGGUAGUUCUUAUGCUGUUACCCACACACAAGCUCAAUGUGAAGGUGAACGGGAGGUGAAGCCUGAACCUCAUCAGGAGCAGCAACAAAAGGACAUGAUGAAGGUGCAGGAAUCCAUCCGCAGAAGCCCAGAAUUUGGUGAUCUGAUGGAGGAGAUUCUCCUUAAUACUCUGCAAAAUCUGAUGACGGAGGCUUUUCUGGGGGAGCUGGUUCUUACAGCCCGCCCUCGCAUUAUUGCUUUGCCACCCAGCUCAGCAAGGAAAAACAGCCCUGGCUCCAGGAGACAGUCUAGAGGCUCUGUGAAGUCCAAGAGGUGCAAGGAAUGAUAAAAACUUCUGUGGACAACUGGUACCUCUUACCUAUGAGCACUGAUCUGCUCCACACAAACAACUUUUAUUCACACUUGAACAUUACUACAUUUUCUAUGCACCAGGUUCUUAAUAAAUACAAGACAAAACUAA